AAAAUCAACUUUAUUUGGUGAAUUGAAACGUGCCUUUAAACCUCCUUCAAGAUCAAAUUCUCAAAAAUCUUCUCAUAAAAACAUUCAAAUCUCAAAACACGGUAAAUGGGGCAAACAUCUUGGUUCCGGUGUUGGCGGUUCCGUACGAUUAUUCUAUCGUUCUAGUGAUAACAAAAAAUUAGCUAUAAAAGAAUUCAGAUCUCGUUUUUCUUAUGAAUCGGAAAAAUCUUAUCGUAAAAAAAUUUUGGCUGAAUUUUGUAUCGCUUCAACUCUUCAUCAUGAAAACAUAAUUGAAACAAUAGAUAUUGUACAAGAAAAUGAUCGUUUAUACGAAAUUAUGGAAUUUGCUCCAUAUGAUUUAUUCGAAUCUGUAAUGAGCAAAAAGAUGUGUGAAAACGAAAUUGCUUGUUGUUUCAAACAAUUAGUUAACGGUGUACAUCAUUUACACGAAAUGGGUAUUGCUCAUAAAGAUUUAAAAUUGGACAAUUGUAUGUUGAAUGAAUCGGGAAUUUUAAAAGUAAUCGACUUUGGUUGUUCUACCGUCUUUAAAAGUCCUUUCGAUAGUAAAAUUUCUUUUUCAAAAGGUCCAUGUGGAUCUGAUCCAUACAUUUGUCCAGAAUCUUAUAACAAAACUCCUUACGAUCCUCGAUUAGCCGACAUCUGGUCGCUAGGAAUAAUAUUCAUUUGUAUGCACAUGGGUAGAUUCCCCUGGAUGAUUGCAAAAACGAGCGAAAAUUCAUUCAAGGCAUUUCUUUCAAAUCCUGAUAGAUUAUUUAGAAAAAUUCCCGAAAAAUCAAGACCAUUAAUCAAAAAAAUGCUCGAUGUAAACGUAGAAAAUCGUGCUACUAUAAAAGAUAUUUUUGAUGAUGAAUGGUUUAAGGGAAUUGAAGUUUGUACUAGUCAUGUAACAUCAAAAGGUCAUGAACAUCAUUUGGUGGAAAGUCGUGAAAGUGAAUC